AUGCCAUUACGUACAGAGAUCCUAACCCACUUAGGAAAAAAUGAAGUUAAAAAUCUCAUUGACAAGCCAAAUAUGAGGGGGGUUUAUCUGCUUGUCAGAGCCGUAUGUUUUCUUAUACUUAUUUCCCUUUAUUGGAUCUCCAUCAAUCUUUUCAAUUAUGUUUCUUACGCAUUUGAGCUAACAGUGCCUUCAGCUAGAUAUUUGAUGAAGAGGCACCUUGAAAGUGGUUUUUGGACAUUAUGUAUUUAUCUUUUAGAGUUAAAUGAAAUUAAAGUGAACAUUAUAGGCGAUUCUUUGGAAAAUGAAAAUGCUUUAAUUAUCAGUAAUCAUAGGUCUAUUAUCGAUCACGUCAUCUUCCCAUUUUUAUCCAGAACAGUACUAGAUGAAGAGUUGAUUGAAGUACCCACUCCAAAGGGCAAUCUCAACACAUCUGAAAAGAAAAAAGGAGCAAGGAAAGACAGCUUUAAGAAGGAGAUAAAAAAGGGUAGCAAAAUUAGAUUCAAAUUACUAAGCAACGAAGAGAAAAUUCUGGCUAAAAAUCUAUCCACCAUGUUGAUUCCUAAAAUAAAUUUCUUCACUUGGUACGAGAUAUGGUGUGUGCCAACCCCAAACUAUUUCAAGCAUAUAUCACAAGCUGAUGAAAAUUGGGAACUAGAUGGUGAAACUUUAGUGAGUAUUUUCCAAGAUUACUUAGAUUCACCAGGUACAAAUAGUACACAAUGGCUAACUUUAUUCCCUGAAGUUAAUAUUUUCACAGAGAAGGAUUCAAGAAUGCAAAAUAUCUCGGGGGAAAGACAUUAUCUACCGCAAUUCCAGAAGGUGCUUUAUCCUAGAUUUGGAGGUUUUGCAAAUGCAAUUGGUGGGCUUUACAAAACAAAAUAUACCAGACUUUACGAUAUCACAACUAUAUACUAUACAAGAAACAAGAUUACUGGCGCAAUAGUUGAUUUUAAACCUCCCUCCUUACUUGGUAUUCUUGGAGUCAAAGAUAAUUAUAUUGAAACGGUAAUUUUCGUUCAUGUUGCAGGCAAGUUCUUGAAUAGAGUCCCCCUUAAAAGAAACAAGUUGGAAAAGUAUCUCGAAAAUAGAUGGAUAAAGAAGGACAAGUUGAUUGAAAAGUUGGAAAGGAGGAUAUUACACGAAAAUGUGAAAAUGAUGCGUGACAUCACCCAAGUAAAUUGA